CCGCCCCCGGAGCCGUUCCGCAGCGCGGAGCCGGGGGCAGCGCAGAAGUCGCUUGGCCGAGCCCUCCGCGGACACCGCAGCUCCGCAGAUCCGGGGCGCUCCUGGCCGGACCCUACUUGCCUGCGGUGCUUUGGGCUCGGUUCCCUACCUGCCGGGCUCUCUGCUGCGGGACUCGGCGGCUGCCUUUUUGGAGGUGAUCUGGGCCCUACCGUCUGGACGGAGCACGCGGGGUCUGCCUGGGUGGCAGGGGGCAACCCUGCUCAGUGUGGAGAUGUCUCCCAGAUUUCGGGUGUAUAUGGAGAGCGGCGUGUGGCAGGGAUAAUCUGGCUAUGCUGUACAGAGGCGGAAAAAAAGGCAUUCCCAUAGAGAGCUGACAAACGUUUCUGAAAUGAGGAAUUGCUGGAACAUAGGGCUGUUGCUGGCGCGUAUUUUUGACUUUAUUAUCUUUUCAGCCUUUGUGACUCGGUUUGUGCUCCUCUAUGUAAAAUCAUAUUUCCAGGUGAAAAAGAAAAUUGGCAAAAAUGAGCCCUCGAAAGCAGGGCAGCCGCCGGGCUGGCGGGUGUUGUGUAUGUCGCCUGCUCCCAGCCCUGCUUUUCCCUUCCAAUAAAAAUGAACAUUUUGGUGGGAGUUGGAGGCACGGGGAACAGAGGUCACUUUGUGUGCCGCUCUGCUUCCCAAGGAGACCGUGCUUGGUGGACUUCUCUUCCUGCCCUAGCUCUUUGCUUUCUAGAAGAGCUCGAAAGUGCCUCCCUUUCAUAAAACCGGCAUCUGAGAAAUGUUCUGUUUGCGUAUUUCUCAUUUCAGUUUGUCUCUGCGCUCUUACACAAGAGUGCAGUGUUUGGGCUUAUAAGCGAGGGAAAAUGAGGUACUGGGGAGUCAAGCUUUGAGUUUCGUGACCGGUUUUGAUGCCAACUGUGGAUUGCUGGAGCAGGGCGGGCAGUUCCCUUUGUACGAUCGAGCGUGUGAACUGGACUUGGCUUUCCUGAGCGACCCAUCACUCGCUCAUCAUCUGUGUGAGUGGCGGCCAGCCAGCAUCGCUCCCUCUAACGAGGAGCGGUCACGUUUACCAGCCGAGGGUGCCCGGCCGGGAGCCCACACCCCGCUCUCCCAGGGCCAUCUUCCCCGACGGUGGCUGCGCUCCCCCUCUAGUUGCCCGCGGAGGCCGGGCGGGCUGGGUGGCGAUGCGGGCGGGGGUCUGCGCGCCGCGGGGCUCCGCGCCGGGCUCCGGCGGUGGGCAGGCGUCUGCCCGGGCUGCGCGGCCCCAGGUGAUCAGCCGCACCACCUACGUGUAUCUCAUCGCCUGGUGAAAGGAUGUGAGGAAAAAGCGUCUAUAUUUGUAUGAACGGUGCGCUGGUCUCUCCGUGCUGGGAGGGCUCUUUGGAGAGAUCUUAGGAGCCUUUCCGAGGAGCUGAUAUAGAUAUAAGGACAUUUCUACAUCGCGUCACGUGACAUAAUUACCACUAGAAUCAAUCAAGAUGAAUUGCACGUCAGCACACGGUGGGGAUUUUUUCUUAGUUGAUCCUGUCCAAACCCUCUUGUGCAAUAGAUGGAUCUUGUUCAAUGCGUUGAAGCCUCCUGGUUGCUUGCAAUCGCAAAAAGGAAGACAUGACUGAGUUUGACGAUUGCAGUCACGGCACAUCCAAUAUGUAUCUGCCAGGGUGCGCUUAUUACGUCUCACCCUCAGAUUUCUCGACGAAACCCUCUUUUUUGUCGCAAUCGUCGUCCUGUCAAAUGACUUUUCCUUAUUCUUCUAAUUUACCUCAUGUCCAACCUGUGCGCGAAGUAGCAUUCAGGGAAUACGGAUUAGAGCGCAGCAAAUGGCAGUAUAGGGGCAGUUAUGCUCCUUAUUACUCAGCUGAAGAGGUGAUGCAUAGAGACUUUCUGCAGCCUGCGAACAGGAGGACGGAAAUGUUAUUCAAAACCGACCCUGUCUGCGGCCACCACGGACCGUCUCCAGCCGCCUCCAACUUCUACAGCUCGGUGGGGAGGAACGGCAUCCUGCCGCAAGGCUUCGACCAGUUUUACGAGACAGCCCCCGGACCCCCGUACCAGCAGCACUCCGAGGGCGAGGGGGACGCGGACAAGGGCGACCUGAAAGCCCAGAGCAGCACUUGCAGUAAAACACCUUCCAGCCAAGAGAAGAAAGUGACACCAGCAAACAGCACCGAUUCCCCUUCUGGUGAGGCUGUUGCAGAGAAGAGCAACAGUUCAGCAAUUCCCCAGCGAUCAAGGAAAAAGAGGUGUCCCUAUACAAAAUAUCAGAUAAGAGAACUGGAACGGGAGUUUUUCUUCAACGUGUACAUAAACAAAGAGAAAAGACUGCAGUUGUCCAGAAUGCUCAACCUUACUGACCGGCAAGUUAAAAUCUGGUUCCAGAAUCGAAGGAUGAAAGAAAAGAAACUGAACAGAGAUCGGCUCCAAUAUUUCACUGGAAAUCCCUUGUUUUGAAAAGGAAAAAAAAAAAAAAAGGCAGAGAGAAAGGGAAGAAAGAAGAAAAACAAAGAGUAUCUCGGUGUCUCUGACCUGCCAUCUGAAUGCAAAAGUAAAUUGGUUUACAUUACACAUCCACCCUGCGGAACUCAAAGUUUCAUUUUCAUGUGCAACUCCACACAUUGAAUGGCCACUGGAGAUUUCGGGGCUUGGCGGAGCAGAUUCCUGAUAAGGGGAAACUAGGGUAAAUCCAAAUGUCCACUCUCAAGUGUUUCUCGCCAAAGGUGCUUUUUUAUUUUUUCUCUCUCACAGUACCAGCAAUGGAACUGCAAUGUGUCUGGUAGUUUUUGCUUACAAUUAAUUGAGUUUGUGGGGGGCUUUGUUGUUGGUUUUGAGCUAGGAUAACACUUUCCUCCCUUUAAGUGAAUGCGGUUUAUUUAAGAGAUGGUAAAUGUACAUUCGCUAUAUAUAAAAUAUAUAUAUGUUUCUAUUGACAUCCAAAAGCAUGGGCCACUGUCUUUUUCAUGUGAAUAAAUGGUUUCUAGUAAAGUUAAGGUUAUAGCUUCCGUGCACUGUAUGGAUUUCCAUUUCCGAAGGACCCUAGUGUUUCCCGGGCUAGAGCCAAGUACUGUUAAAUAGUAACGGGAGGAAGCCUAGUCGGGUUAUUUUAAAUGCGUUUUAAACAAACACUAGUUUAGAUGCCUAACUCUCCCUCUGUAGGUACGCUUAACCUUCCCUGUUCACUGUGAGGCAGAGCCAACAUGGCUGUCUGCAGAUCAUCACUUGUGAUGGCGUUACAAUUAAUGUAAACAACGAAAAAGGCUUUUUAAAAAACUGAUCAGGCUCCCAAUAAGCCCAGAAUCCCCAACGCCAACGACUGUUUACUUGCUAGUGAAGGCUAAGGCAGAAAGAUGGAGGGCUCGGGAAGAGUCAGACAAGAGGGAGCUAUAAACAAUUGGCACUAGUGGGGAAGAAAGAAAAAAAAAAAAAAAGAAAAAAAAGAAAAAAUCUUUGACGGCAGAGGGUUGGAUGUCUUAAAUAUGCCUCGGCAGGGCGAGCGGAGCGCGGCGCUUGGCCGGGAGCGCAGCCGCUGCCUCGGCCCGGCGGGCCCUGCGCGGGGCGGAUACCGGCGGAGGUCCGAGCCGCUCCGCUCCUCGCCUCUUUAUCUUGCGUGACCUGGCUGGGCUGUUUACAAAACCUUGAACUGUCUAGACAACACCAUAAACCUCGAGGUUCUAAACAGCUUAAUUGGGUUAUAUUAUACACCUUCUGGUGGGUGAAAAAGAGAUUUCCGCAAUGUGCAAUAAAGGCAAGGAGUGAGAAAAGAAUUUGCCUUUUUUGAAAAGGACGAAGCGGCUCUGGCUAAGCUCGCAGUUACGGAAGGCAAAGGUACCCAAAUGAGUCAGGAAAAGCCCGAGAAUUUAAAAAAUCAAGAAAUGGAAGCGGAGCGAAGCAUGACUAAAAAAAAAAAUUUAAACCUUUAGUAAGAAAAACAUAAGUGUAUGCCUUUGAACUUCCAAAAUGUCAAGGUCAUCACCUUUAACCUUUCUGAAUAAUUAGGCGCCUUAAGGUUCCUCUGUUAUUUUCAACCACCACCCACCCUCUCUCUCUGUCUCACUCCCUCUCCCUUUCACACACACGCACAACCACACACACACUUAUUACCGCAUAGCUGGCCAUAUUAGCGAAUGCAUCGUAACGCAAAGAAAAUCCCAGCUGGGUCGAGGUGAGCUCUCCGUGGCGUGGCAGGGAGCGCGUCCCGCUCGGGUCGCCGCCAGCCGGAGCACGACGGGCUCCCCACUUCCCUCUCCCUUCUCUUCAGCGACCCGGGAAUUAGCCCCAAAUCUUCUCGUUUUUAGCUCAUUUUUAAAAAAUGGUUUUCGCUAAAAAAGAAAAAAAAAAAAAAAAGGUUGGGGCUUUAAGAAAUGCUUUGUAUUUUAGAGAGAACGACAGUAUUUCUAUGUAGCUUUUCUGCUGGUGUGCGUUUCCCCACAAAGCCCAUUAAUUAGAAAUGCGCAAAGUCGACGGGAUUUCUCAAAGCGCUUCUCCUGACCUUAUAGCAAAAUUCUCUUGUCUCUCCCGAGUCUUAAUCCGCAGAGCGAGAACGAGUCGCUUGAUUUUCUGUUCCCUGCAGUGCUUUUACAGUCUAUUUUAGCGGAUUAAUACGCCUUUAAAAUGUCAAGACACCGCAAAAGAGGGCCGCGGAAACAGAACCACCCUAGCAUUCAUCUUGCAUAGGUGCUCAAUGAUAGCAGUUUUAAGUUUCUAUUUAAAAAGAAAGGAAGAAACCCAUGACUGAGAUCAAAUUGAGCUUAGGAGAAAGACGCGAGGAGAGGAGGAAAUUCCCGGUGCUUGGCGGCCAACGGCCACAGGAGGGCGCCCCCGGGUGCUGGAAUGCCCGCAGCCCUCCCAGUGUUUAGGUCUAUUUUACCCCUAAUAAUAAUUCCACUGCUAAUAAAAUAUCUAAUAUAUAAGUAACGAUAAGAUUUCAGGGCCUUCCAAAUGAGAAAAUAAAGCAUCAAAAAGAUUUAUUAAACAAAUAACCCAUAACCGUGACGUGCUAGAGAAAUAUGCCACUUUCAGAUUAUUUUUUUUGGUCGUAAUCUUUUAUAAUUCACCCGAGCUUUAAAAAAAUCCCAUAAUUUUGAGAAAAAAAAAAACAACUGUGAUAUUCAGAAUUCGUUCCCUAGAACGAAAAUCUAUUUACUCCUUUAAGGAAGCCUUAAUGCGGAUGGAACAAAAGUAAUAUAAAAAACAUGCGUUUCCACAUUUUAUCUUUGAUUCUCAUUCGAGUCGUUUGUUAAAUAAACCUCUAGGUACAGAAAUAAUAAUUUUAAAAACAUAUUUUAUUUGAAGGCGAGAUUAAAGUUAGAUCCUGAGAGUGCUUAUUUUUUUAAAGAGAAACAGAGACUAAAGCGAAAAGAAGAUAUUUUUAAUAUCCGAACAUCAAUUUGCCAAAGCAUUGCUGAAUGAAAACCCUCUCCUUAAAAGUACUAUGGAGAUCUAUUAAAAUGAAACUAUAGAUUAGAAUAUUAAAGUGAAGCUUAUGAAUUUCCUGGCCACUCUCCAGUGACCGACCAUGUUCUGUUUUUCUGUUUUAUUUUUUGUUCCUUCGGUGCGCACUUUUGGUUAGUAUCUGUAGAAAGAAAGGGCUUCACUGCUUUCUGCUUAUUUGCAGAAUUCAUUGGAAUCUAUUUUACGUUGGCUCAGCCAUAUUCCGCAUUUUUUAAAGUCACGUCUCUCGUGAAAGCAUUUGUUGGCACUUUGCUGCUGGGUUGUUGGGGGUGUGUUUUUUUAGAAGUUCAUUGUUAACAGUUUCCUAGAAAUAGCCUUUCCGUCGGUAAUAAAGUGGCAUUGUACAAUCGGAGCUCCUCGGGAUCCUCACGCUCACGGUAGCCCCUUGCAGGCGCGGCCGGAGCCCGAAGGAAAAUCUCCCGGUCUCUCGGUGGAGAAACCCACUUCGAGAGGGAAACGUUUAGCGAAGUUUCCGUGUUUGUUUGUUUUUCUGGGCUUGAGAGUGCUUCUUGUGAGAGUCCACACCAGCUCCAUAACUGUUAGGCUUCAUACGAGGUGCUUUAAACCCUCGAAAUUACAGUGAGGCCAAUCUCAGCGAAUGUGAACGAGUGAUGGUAGCCAGGAUGCGUUAUUAAUUGAAAUAUAUAUAUAUAUAUAUAUACCGGAAUAUGGAGACGGCCGCCUUCCUUCUUUUCCUUUUCUUUCUUUCUUUUUCUUUUUUUUUUUUUUUUUUGAGUCAUCGUGUAAAUGUGAUUAUUCUGUGUGAGUCUAUAACCUCUUAUAUUCUUUCCCAACCCUUUGUUUUAUUCCUGUAGAGGCAAGAGGCUGCGAGCUAUUUCCAAAUGUAUUUGGGCUUGUUCUUUAAGGAGAACAAAAAGGGCAUUUGCCUAUUUUCUGAUUAAACUACAAAUGCGGCAGGAAUCUGCCGAAAGAUGAAUGUGCAGCCCGAAAACCGAGGCUGAGGGCUGCAUCGGCGACCAAGCUACACACUAAAAUCUCCUCACACCAGAUAUGCAUUUCUGUGUCCACAGAAAUAUUGAAAUACAAUAGAUAAAGGGCUCAGGCUUCCGGAGAAGCUGGUAGUACAGUCAAUGCUACUGUGCGAGCCCCACGCUCAGAAAUAACACCUUUGAAAAAAUGGCCAGCGUGCUAUUUUGUUUAUUUUAUAAGCUUUCAUAUUUAGGAAAAGGUGUAAUGUCAUCAGUAUGUUCCCCCCCUUCCCGCCCUCGCUCAAAAAGAUCCAGAGUCUGAGCCCUCGGCCCAGACGCCGAUUCUUUCUAUGAAAAUAUGGCACAUAGAAAUCUGGGCAACGUGACAGUUGCAUUAUUACAAGAAGAAAGGACACGAUAUCGUAGCCAAUUUUUUCCCUUAAAUAAAAAACUAUUAUUCAAUCUCCCUGCAAUAUAACAGCAUAGCAUAAAAUAUAUAGACCACGUAUUUAAAGACAACCUAAAUAAAAUGCUGAAAUGGAGCAAAUUAAGGGAAUUUUACUAAAAGCUUCCUGGGUUCCAGCCUGCUUUUAAAAUAUUUCUUGCAGUGCCUUUGUUACUGAAGGCAUCUGCGAAAUACCUAGCCUCUUUCAUACAUCUCUCCCACCCCCCUUCCAUAAUGAGACACAAACAGAGCAAAUCACAACUAUGAGAAUACUCAUCACAGCCGAGAAAAAAAAAAUUAAUGAUAUCCCCAGUAAUAAGGUUUAGGAAGAUAAGGCAGUGCAAAUUAAGCCCUGCUUCCACGUCUGGUAACCUCAAGUUUUUAGCCCUGACAUUUACUAGAGGAGAAAACUGUAAUGUCCACCUAUGCUUUAUUACAAACAGUAAUUUACAUCUACAUGGACCCAUUGGUUGUUGGUUUUUUUUUCCUUCCUGCCUCGUUCAGAAAAAUAUGGGGCUCUGAGAGUAAAACCUUUAUAUUAACGUAGAUUGUAUAUCUCAUUUAUUGCACAAUAUUGAUUUAUUUAUUAAUGUUAAUUACUUGAUUCCAUUUUAAUAUGAUUUAAAACAAGAGUGACAUUAAAUGCCCAGUGCCUAAGUCUCCAGUUCCCCAGUGGCUCUCGCAUGUUUAUUCAACUUCUAUUUACAUCAAACUUAAACUUUCCUACUGUUCAUUUUCAAUAAAAAAUUGCUACCCAUUUUUAAAAACCCUCAUGAUUUAUCGUGAGCGAAGGGUCUUACAGAGCUGCUUGCCAGUCCUGAAUACGAUAAAAUAAUAAAAUAAUUAUCAUCACAACCAUAAUCUGAGUUUCCAUGUAGUGGCAUGCAAGAAAUUCACCUUCGCAAUUAAAAGAAUCAAAGAGCCCUCAUGUCUAAUCAGGAGCCAAGAAGUCAGGUUCUGUAGCACCAGCGAGGCUGGCGUGGAAAGCAGUUCAGCAUUUCCUUAUUGUUUUAACUUUACUGUUGGGCGAAAUCCACUGCAAACCUCUGGGCUGAUACUUCAGCUGUGAUAUUUCUGGGACCCCCUUUUCUUAAAGUGUAAAUAAAGAUUAUGAAAGAGCCAUUUGAUGGGCAUAAAAUUCCUGAUUAGAUUUAACAGUCAAGUCUUAAACUGAGUCCAGGAAAAUAGUAUUUUGUUUCUUUAAACUCUGUGGGUCGCCCGGGCUGUUGUUGAAGAAGAGGAAAUUGCUAGAAAGCGAAGGGGGGGAUGCCGCGCUCGGAGGGAGCGUCGUGGGCUCCGCCGCAGCUUCUUUCCCGGAGCAGGCAAAUCUUAGCAAUGGCUCUGAUCGUGAUCUUAAGCAGCAGCGCAGCGCCCGCCACUCCGCGCAGCGCUCGGCGGUGGUGAAGCGUGCCCGAGGAGGGCAGGGGCUGCGCCAGCUCGGCGCGGGGGAUGCUGCCAAAACAUCGCCAAAACAGCGAAUAUCGCAAAGGUAAUAUUGAAAUUCUCCGGCAAGCCAGAAGCUGGAGGCUGCAGCUAUAAAAGACACUGGCUCUUAACCUGACAAUGAUGUUGUAUUUGAACAGCUGCGAUAAGGUUUUAAAAGGUCUGUCUCAUUGCCACAGCUAAAUUUUAAAGAGGGUUAUUGUUUCCAGCAGUGUAAAGCGUACGGUAAAGUGCAAAACACCCAAAUGCCAGGAAAUAGGGGAAAAUUCAAAUCCACGCUGGUGGAAAACGCAUGUUUUCAGCUGUGCGGAAGACGCAUUUAAAUUUUAAAAAAUCCUUUACUGUGCUGCCCGCUCUUGGGGACCUCAAAGGCUGUGUUGAUGGUAGAAAGGCCCAAAAUAAACAGGCGGAUGAAUCCGGGAAAAAAAUUUUUCAACAAGUUCACUUUGUUUGGAGGAGAGUCCUUGACAGCAUUAGUCCCAGAUAAGAAAGAAUUCGGUUUGAGAACAGUAAAAAAAAAAAAAAAAAAGUAAUAAACAGUGUGUACUAUCACUAUUUAUAAUACAAUAGCUUCGGGUGUAAAUAUGGUUACGAAGUGGGGGAGGAAACAGUAAAACACAUUUAAAAUAUAGGGACGGAAAAAUCUCAUCUGCCACGUUGACAGUUGCUGUUGCCUCCGGUUUUUGUUUUUUAGUAAUAUAGAUGCAUUUAUCUUUAUUAUUAAAAAAAAAAAAAGAAAUAAAUAAAGAAAAAAAUUAAAAGUUUCUCGAAGAGUCCCAGUGAGGUUACGACUUUCUAUAUGUUUUUUGAUGAGCAACACUACAGAAGGACAAAUUAUCUUUAUCAUGCUUCCAGUUUCGAGGGCAAGUGAAAAAAACACUUUUUCCCCCCCCCAAGCGAUUGAGAGAGAGUGUUGUAAAAUAAUUUUGGGAAUGUAGCCUCCCUAUAAAACUCGAGUUAUGACAAAAGUCUGGCUUUUAAUAUUUGACGAUUUGUGUUAAAACAAAAAUUGACCUUCUCGGUUAGCAGCGAGGAAAAAAAUCAAUAGUAUAAUUUUCAAUAAUUCAUAACGCGAACGCCAUUAUGCUAAAUCUUAACUAUUAAUCUUAUCCUUUACAAAGUCUCGAUUGAUUUGUUAAUAAAAUAUCUUCCCGUGCGCGGCAACAGAGGGUAUAACUCUUGAAAAAGCUUCAGAAGCAAGAAAAUUACCAAGUAGCCCAAGCAUGCAGAUGAGGCUUUUAUUGAUCGCCCCUGAUUCCCCUUAAUACGCAUUAAUAAAUCCCGCAACCUUUUGUCCCCGCACUUGUCACAAGCGGGGCUCUUACAGGAGCCAUGGCGGGGAAGCACCGCAUUCCGCCCUCCGUGCCACCCGCGGGGUUCCGCUCCCGCGGAGGCUCCGCGGCGCGGCACGGCACGGCACGGGGCGGGGGGGUGAGCGCGGCGGCGCGGCGUGGCCCGGGUC